UCCGCAAAACUUGACGUAACGGGCACACUGAGAGGAAGACCGGGCGCCGUUUGUUGGGAAUCUCACCGCGCGACAGGGCACGGCACGGCAGGCUUUGGGGAAGUCGGUGUCCCGCUGAAUCUGCGCUUCCCACCUGGAUAUAACCGGACGCACGCGUGGCGGAGAAGCGGAAAAUUAUGGCGACGUUGGGACCGGAGUCGGCUCGCCCUCCCCUCGCCCAGCUCGGAUCUCCUCCGUCUAACCAGCCUCACGUCGGCUGCGCGAACCUGCCUCCCAACCGGGGCUUGGAGCGCGCGCUGGAGGAGGCGGCGGCCAGCGGUGUGCUGAACCUCAGCUGCCGCAAGCUGAAGGAGUUUCCCCGGACCGCCGCCAACCACGACCUGAGCGAUACGGUGGAGGCAGACCUCUCAAAGAACCGGCUGAGCGACGUCCCCUCAGAGGUCUGCCACCUGGUCGCCUUGGAGACACUAAACUUGUAUCACAACUGCAUCAGGACCAUCCCAGACAGCAUCAUCACCCUGCAGUCGCUCACAUCGCUGAACCUCAGUCGGAACCAGCUGGGCUCUCUGCCGUCGUGCCUCUGCGGUUUACCUCUGAGGGUCCUCAACGCCAGCAACAACAAACUGGUGAGCCUGCCGGAGUCCAUCGGGCAGCUGCACGGCCUCAUGGAGCUGGACAUCAGCUGUAACGAGAUCACGGCCCUCCCCCGACACAUCGGCAGACUCAAAGCGCUGCGGGAGCUUAACGUGCGGCGAAACCUGCUCUGCGUCCUGCCGGAAGACCUGGCCGACCUCCCGCUGGUGAAGUUCGACUUCUCGUGUAACAAGGUGUCCACCAUCCCAGUGUGCUACAGGAAGAUGAGGCAGCUGCAGUCGCUGCAGUUAGAGAACAACCCACUACAGAGUCCACCUGCACAGAUCUGCAUCAAGGGUAAAGUCCACAUAUUCAAGUAUCUGAGCAUUGAGGCGUGUCGCAGCGAGAAGAUGCCCGACUCGCUGUACCUCCCCGUCAUGGAGCGACUCAGUUUCACUCGUCCCUCCACUGGCAGUGUGGAGGACAUGGAGCAACAGAAGAAGCAGGACAGCGACUCAGGAGUCGGCAGCGAUAACGGAGACAAGAGGCUGUCUGCCACCGAGCCUUCAGACGAAGACAGUCUGAGUCUCAACGUCCCGAUGAGCAACAUUACAGAAGAGGAGGGAAUCAGCAAAGACGACUCCAGCGAACACAUCAGCUCCCUGACAGCCGACCCGAACUCCGACUCGGUGCGCCUGAUAGAGGAGAGUCCUACGGAAGCCCUGAAUGACCCGCUGAGCUACAGAGAGUCGACUCUCAGCACUGGCUUCAUCAGCUACAUCAAGGGCCGAACAGCAGCGGACUUUGAAGAGCCCCUCAGGAUAGAGGAAGACUCACACUGGCAGACUGAGCAGAUGUCCAAGGUCUCGGGGGGCACAGAGCUCCAUAUUGACAUGAUUAACCAGCUACAGGAGGCGGUGGAGCUGCUGCAGAACCCCAACAGAGUGAGCGCAGAGCAGGAUGAUCUGUCUGAGGUCCAGCUCUACCCGGUGGAGAUGGUCACCGUGGAGGAGUCGUUCAAUGGACAAGACAGCGAUGAGGGAAGCACAACACCAAAGCGCAUGGAGGAGGGAGGCUAUGAGUUCCAGAAGAAGAGACGGAUGAUUCUAGAAAAGGCCCGCUUUGAGGCCCAGCUUGCAUGCCGGGACUAUGAGUGGCAUAUGUCCCUCAAGCAAGAACAUCGAUCUCCAACCAUGGGACCUCCAUCUCUCUCCAGUCCUCCGUUUGGGCUGAAACCUCGCUCAGCCCCGCCCUCACUGCCGUGCUCACCCCCUCCUUCCUGUCUAGACCCCUCCCUCCUCUCACAGGCCUCACCCCUACAUCGUAGACAUGGCGACGGAGGCAUGCUCAGCCCGGUGUUCCUGCGGAGCCACAAGAGCAUGGAGUCCGUGGACCCCCAGUUCACCAUGAGGAGGAAGAUGGAGCAGCUGAGGGAGGAGCUGGAGCUCAUGGAGCAGCUGAGAGACAUCAUCGAGAGCCGACUGAAGGUCGUCCUCCCUGAAGACCUGGGCUCGUCUCUGAUGGAUGGCGUCGUCCUCUGCCACCUGGCCAAUCACAUUCGCCCGCGCUCCGUCGCCAGCAUCCAUGUCCCCUCGCCCGCCGUGCCCAAGCUCAGCAUGGCCAAGUGCCGGCGGAACGUGGAGAACUUCCUGGACGCCUGCAGGAAAAUAGGCGUGCCGCAGGACAAGCUGUGUCUGCCUCACCACAUCCUGGAGGAGAAGGGCCUGGUGAAGGUGUGUGUCACGGUGCAGGCCCUGGUGGACGAGGCCUCCUCCAAACCCCCCCUGCUGGUGUGAGCAGCGGAGCAACGGGACCGACGCGACGCCGCUCCGCGUCACGCCACGGUUCACCUCUCCGUCGUUCGCAGUAACGCAGCACUUUGAAUUCCCCCUCGUCAGCGUGCAGAAAGGGAACCAAGUCCGUCUGGAGCGGCUUUAUUUACUAACUCAGAAAGAGGAACGUUGAAUCGAGCGGCUUGGCUCACUGCAGGUGUUUUUUUAAAACCUGAAAAUGGGGGGUUUGAGGAUUUUUUUUUUUUUUUUUUUUUCACUGUGAUCAGCUGAAAGGGCAGACAUAGAGGCCCCACAUUUUUUAAGAAAAUCUUCACACUGGCUGGUCCCAUUUUUUGGUAAAAUAUUGUGAUACUGAUGAAAAGGAGAAAGGAAAUUCACAAAAAACAAGCAGAAAUCGAGAUACAGUGGACCCACACAGUGUUUGUGGAUUUUACUUUGGAAUGUAAAUUCCAAGUUAUUUGUGGGAAAUUCGCCUACUAGCGCUUUUUUCGCAGAACAUAUCUAAACUAUUAGAUAUUAUCAAAUACUGAAAAGAAAAUGCAGCUUGAGAAGCUGAAAUAUCUCAGUGCAAUGAUACUUAACAUGAUAUUGGCUGCUGUUUGCACAGCAGUGUUUCUAUGAGAAUUCAAAUUUUAAACCAACUUUUACACCCAAAUUUGCAAAACGAUCACUUCAUGUUUUUCAGUCCCAUAACAUACAACAAAAGACAUUUUUCCAAGGCUGUGUUCAAGUAUACUUAAGCUUAGAGAUGUUUAUUAGCCAGAGGGAUGUUGGCCAGUAGCCAAUCCAGGACAACCAUCAUGGAUGACGUAAGAAUUAUGAGUCACAUUAACAUAAUAUUUGUUUGGACCCUCCCAGAAUUAAUAACUAAAUAUUACUUCCCCCAACGCUGUUUCUGUUGACCCUUUGCAAGUACGUCACCUAAUCAUGUAAAGCCGCCAUGACAGGAGUAUCGAACAGAGAUUGUUUUCCCAGUUUUUUUUUUUUACUUAUCUAUGGCUUCCACUGGUUUAAGUCGAGAUCAUUUAUCUGUGGAAAUACACUUGGUGCUCAUAGACAGCAGUAUUUACAAAAGUCAGAAAUAGCUAGCUUAGAAUCCGACCUAUACCUUUGGUUUUCUGAUGUAUUCGUCGAUUUAAUCAAAUCUCAGACUUUGCUUGAAUUUACAUGCCAGUUUAUAAACAAUGGUUUGUCUUACCCCACAGAACACCUAAAAGUGUACAAAAGUCUAAAUCCUUUAGACUAAAGUCCUGGACCUUAGUAUAUAUCUUUUUCAUAUAUGAUAGGCUAUAUGAUUUCGGGGCAUUUCCUCAUAGUACAGUAUUAGCUGCAUUUCCAUUACAAAUCUGUGCAAAACCUUUAUUAAAAGUUUAUAAUGAGAACUUUUAGCACAAGUGGAAAGUGAGACUGGGGGAGGCGGAGUCUUGCUGCUGCGCCGUCACAAAUCAGACACGUUAAAAAGACGCAUAUAAAGCCUAUGGACUCCUACGGUUUAAUGUAUCGAUACUCGCGGAUGAAAAAUCGAUAAAUAUCGUAGAAUUGAUUUUAUUAUACAGCCCUACUUGCCAGUGCUAAAGGUUUUUAUCAAAAAAUGAAAUUGCCUUAUUUCUAUUGGGUAAAUUUAUUUUCAAACUGUCAAUGGAAAUCCAUCUACACAUUACGUCUUACUACUCUCACUUCCUUAAGAGGUGUAUUAACAUUAAUUUUCGUGCAAAAAAUGUUUGCUCCAAAUCUGUGAGUACAUCAAGGGCUGCUGGUCCUUACGAUUAGUGACUACUAUCCAUCGCUGUCUUCUUUCCUCGUCAAAAAGUUUCUAGACCAAAACGUUUGCUGUGGAUUCAGGUCUGUUUUCAGCCGAUCUUUGACAUAAUUACUGUGAAAUCUACUAACUAAAAGCAGUAUUAGGCUGCCAUUGUCUGAUUUUUGAUCCGCUUUGCAGGAGCUAACGCGGAAUUAUGUUGGUUUGACUUCUGUCAUGGCUGCUUUCUGAAUAGCAUGACGUCACGUGCAAAGGGUCCGUUGCUUCAUGAAAGAAUCCAUUCCGCUUGGUUAAUAGGAAAAAUUAUCAUACCGCUAAAACUCCGCUCCGGGUUUUCCUAUGACAAUUCACCACCACAUGCUCCGAGCAUAAACAGAAAAGUGAAGGCUGGAUGUUAGCUUCUGCGGUAAAGCUAAUACGGUUUUCACUGUUCGUAUUAAUGCAGAUGAAGGUAUAUUGGAUAUUUGAACUAUUAAAACAGCCAGUGUUAAUAGUUUUUGUAAAUUUUUCACAUAUUUCAACUAUUCAUGGAUAGCUGUGGUCUCUAAGCCCCAUGAAUACCAGGGUCCACUGUACUGUAAUCAACUAUGCUAUUUUAUGAGAAAAGCCAUAAAAAAAUGCCAAAAAUGUCUUUUUUUUUUUUUUUUUUGAUGACUAAUUCAGAAAUUGGUAGUGUUUUUAUUGAGAUAUUUUUGAAAUUGCAAAUUUNUUUAUUUAUUUUUUUUCUUUUUCCUUGAAAAAUCAACGUAUUUAAAAUUUCCCAACCUCUUUUCCCUCUCCAAUUAUUUUUUAAUCCCUUCUUUUGGCUUUAAACAUAAGUUGUUUUAGAAACUUUAAAUUUUAUUGAGCCUUUUUGGACACAUUUAGACUUUUUUGGCAUAUUAGUCUGAAUAUUUUAGGCGCCUCAGUGAUCCCACUGCCUAUGCACAUGUCAUUGAAAUUUUCUUUUUUUGGGACUGUGUACAGAUAUAAUUAGUUGUUUUUCUACUGAGCUUAUAGUUGAAACGUUUUUGCUCUCACUUCAGAGAAUCAAACCAAAAUACUAAAGUCUUAUGACAGAGGGAGAAGGCUUUUUAUCUACUUCUAUUUAAACCUGAAGAUAUUUAUAAUAUAAAGAGAAGCUGAAAAAUAAAAAACAGAGGCUUGAGUUGUUGUAUAGAGUCGGACAGAAAUAGGCCAAAGCUAUUUUUCUCUAAUAUAUUUUGGGUAUAAGUGUGUAUAUUUUCUAAAGUUUACCUGUGACUGUCUCUGACGCGGGUGUAUAUCUGUCACUGUCUCUCUGGAGGACACUAAUCUGACUUUCUCGUGCGCCACUAACCGAUUUAUCCAGUGGAAAUGGAACAGAUGGACUUGUUGAUGUGUUUCUGUCGAUGCAGUUUGUUUAAUGUGCCAAAACACACACGGCGUUAAUAAGGAAAAACAGACAAAAAGUGCAACGAGACAAAAUGUGGAAAAGUUCCAGCACUGUACAUUUCUGUGUCUGCCCCCUAGAGGCCGCCGCCUGUCAUUGAUUCCUUAAAACUCGAUGACUCGUGGAUAUCUGACAUUGGGACGCAGGUAGAGGAGUGAGCUAAUCAUCGUGCCUCUCGUUCAGGCCUGGAUUGCUGAAGUGUUUUUUUUUUUUUUAAACAUUUUGAAAUAAUUAUAAUUUUGAGUUUUAAAACAUCUGAGAACAAAAAGUCAGAUUCUCACAGCUCUGGAGAGCAAAUUUCAAGUUAAUGUAGCAAAACAUUCCUUUGGCCUGCUGACUGCGCUGAAGAGGCUUUCUCUCUCUCUCUCUGUGUGUGUGUGUGUGUGUGUGUGUGUGUGUGUGUGUGUGUGUGUGUGUGUGAGAUUACAGACUGUGUGACUCGGGGUGGGCUUGGUUUACUGCACUGUUGAUGCCUCAUUACCCAGCGUGCUUCGUCAACAGUAUUUUAUAGUGUGUGUGUGUAGGUGUGUGUGUGUGUGUGUGUGGCCUUUGGCAUCAUGUUGCUCUGCAGACCUGGCACAAAUGGAUGCUUUAAAGGGGCAGAAAAAUUAUGUUGCCCUCAUUGAACUCUGUAGUAAGAGAACAAGAUGUUUUACCUCCUGAACUUUGAGCCACAUCCUUUUGACUGGAUGGAGACGAAACGCCGCUCAUAGCUAAUACAUAUAAACGCAGAAACUCUCUCAAAACAUUCAGCAUCGUACUUCUUACAUCCAACACACCUAAUGCAGAUUUAAUGUUAUUUCUUGAGCUUUUGUUUUUUUCUCAUUUGCUCAGUGCAGGCAUCGUUUCAGGACAGUUUUGUGGUGGGCUUUCACAUCCUAUAUUACUGAUUAGCUUAGUUAGCAUUUCUGAAUCACUAGCCUAGCAAAGCGGCUUUGCUGUAAUAUGUUCAGUGUUCAUGUAACCCAUCGUCUCGCGCUCUCUUGCUAACGUUGAGUCUUUACCUAGCAACGUAAGAGUGUUGUCAGCGCAGCGUAUUUUUCCCUACUCUUCAAAAUAAAGUUAAAAAAAAUAAAACACCCAGCCGAAUGGAGGUUUAAAAGAGUAAGUUCUGGAGUGGUGGUGGUUCAGAUAUUUCAUUUACACGGUCUGCAGUCUUAAAAAUACUUAAUAUUCAGAUUAAGGCUAACUUUUGUAUUCAUGUGGAAAUAUUCCCGUCUCAGUUUAGAUUAUGGUGCAGCUGUUUUCUGCUGUUUGUUCCAGAGGAAGAGCAUAUGGAAAUGAAAGGUCGCCCUCCACAGGCAGGCAGCCGGUACUACAGAGGCAUUAAAACUAUUCAGUUAGUAGAAACCUAACAUCAGUUAAAAACUAGAGCUUCCCCUUUACAGCAUCCACCAGAACAUGGUCUACUUUAUGUUUCCAGUUUGUCUGGAGAGCCAGAAAGAAACUUUAACAUUCUUGAACUGCAGUGUUGUUGUUUUUUUUUUCAUCUUGGUUUCCAAAGCUUUAGCCACUUCCAGAUUCAGCAGUAAAAUAAGGAAUUUUAAUUUAGAAACUAGACAAAAAAA